AUUUGGUCAGCCAGUAGAGGCUGGACCAUCUGAUGGGUGGCCUGGAUCCAGCACACGCAUGAGAAGCGGCACGUGCAGGGCGAAAUCUCUAUCACAUGCACGACGCAUAAGAACGCUGCUUCCAGGAGAGAGAGAGAGAGAGAGAGAGAGAGAGAGAGAGAAUGUCAUCUUCUCAGUCAAAGCAGGUUCGUGCUUCCCAUCUGCUGAUAAAGCACUCGGGCUCUCGAAGGAAAGCGUCUUGGAAGGAUCCAGAAGGCCAAGUCAUCAAGAAUACCAGCAGGGACAGUGCCGUGGCCCAGCUCAAAACCCUCAGGGAAGAGAUCAUCACUGACAAGGCUAGAUUCGAGGACCUCGCCUCCCGCUACUCCGAUUGCAGCUCAGCCAAGCGCGGCGGUGAUCUUGGUCGAUUUGGGCGGGGCCAGAUGCAGAAGCCCUUUGAAGAAGCCACGUUUGCGCUGAAAGUUGGCGAGAUCAGCGACAUUGUGGAUACUGACAGUGGGGUCCACAUCAUCCUGCGCACAGGUUGAUUCUUUGCAAGUUCACAUCAUCCUGCAUACCAGUUGAUUCUUUGCCAGGGAAGUGAUUAUUUUAGUCGCUGUUAAGCAAAAAGAAAAGAAAGAGAAAGAGAAAGACCUUCCACAUGUGGCCAUGAGCAGUCUCCACGCUUACACUUAUCUUUGAACUUGUGCUUAUUGAUGCUUACAGUAACAGAUAAAAUGAAUUACCAGGCAUAUUUCAACAUUGUUUUCUCAACCAUUGAAAACUGCAGCUGUUCUGAA